GAGACGGGCAUGCAUCCCGUCACUAAGGAGAAUGAAGCACAGUGUGGCUACAGUGUCAGUGCAGUCCCUCUUCUGGGCCUUAUGUUGUAUCGAGCCUAUUACUUCAGCUGUCACACUGAAAACAAAGAUGAUAAAAUGUUCACAUUUGACUUCAAACUGAUUACUUCAAAGGAUGGAAAGGAGGUAAUUUAUCCUCUGAACAAGACUUGUUCUCCUUCUCUCCCAUGGUCUCCAGAGAAGUUACCUGUGAGAGCAACUUCAUGGAGGUGUCUGUGAGAAGUGAUGUUGCCUGUCCAACUGGGACACGGAGGGAUGACUGGGAUGCUGUUACCCAAACGGCUUACGCCUCAGCCACCUCAGAUUGGCAGGUGAUGUUCCAGAGGGUGGGUGAGGAGCCGACUCCCAUGAGCCUUGAUGAAGCGCAUGAGCUACGCUAUGAGUUUCUCUUGACUGAUGGAAGGCUGGUAUUUCGUGCUCCCUAUGGACAACCUCACUCAUUCUACACUGAGGUGAAUGGCGUUCCAGUAGAGACGAUCCAUGCUACCCUGUUCUCCAGACAAAACUGGGUUGUCCUCAUGGUUGACCUGGUCGCUGCUUGCUCUAUGGAUGUGGGAUCCUAUGAUGACAGCGGCUACAUGAUGUGGAGGACUCCUGAGGUGCUGCACCCAUCAAUGUCUGGUCUACACGAGACUCAAUUCAACAUUGGCAUCAAUAGUGAACCUGUGGAGCCUACGGUUGCAGAGGAGAGGGGCUACAUUGUGGAAAAGGACCACGGUACAGUCAGGAUCAGCAUCCCCUACAACACUGAGGGAGGAUACAGGAAGAGCUUAGUGUCUGGCGACCUCUACGAAGUCUACUUCUUUGACCUUUACUUGGAGCAAGUGUCACUGGCUGAAGAUCAUAUGGAUACCAGACUUCGAUUUCGCAAGACACUGACCACUCCCCUGCUGCCACGCCCUGUGUUCACUGAAAACAAAACAGUUCCUGAGGAGCGCGUGUUCACGGUCUACCUCGGAGACGUGCCUGAUGAUGUGGCGUUGGUUGCUGUUCAUUUGAAUGGACAAGCAUUUACAGUUCCCUUUAUGAAUGCACUCGGCCACACCAUCACCAAGGUUAUUCAUCCCAACAACACGCAUGGCUACACUCUGAAAGUGUCUAUGGAGGACCCUGUUAUCAGGCAGCAGUUCUCCAAAGAAGAUGGUGCCAUGCAGCACACUCUAGAAAUCAACUACACCCUGACUGUUUUGCCUGAAUAUGAGCCUUUUUACCACCUGGCCUCAGUGAUGGCAUUUACUGAUGUCUCCCCACCAGUGUUUGACGCUGUCUGUACGGAGUCUGGCAUCAGCUUCAAGCUGGACCGCCGGCCUUUUGACUACCUCUGGGAGAUCACUAUCGGCUCAGACCUGCUGACUUCAGAGCUGGCAGACCAGCAUGGCUACAUCAUGAGCACCGAUAGCAACAGUCUGCUGCUCGAGGUGCCCCUCUUCAGUCAUGGCUUCAAGAGCACGGAAGCCACUUUGAAGGGAUUCUUUGGCACUUUUGAAAUCACCAUGCGAGAUCCUGAAACAUCUGAAGUCCAGAGCUCCUCCGUCAAGACUUGUCCGUUCUCUACUACUGAACUCAUCAUGUGUUCGACUGAUGGGAGGCUGACUGUGGUGGCUGACUUGUCUCUGGCCAUGCCAAAUGGAGGCAAUCCCACAAGAACCAACCUGAGGGACAAAUACUGUGGACCCAAAGAGACAGACGGCACCAGGGCUCUGUUCUCUUUUCCACUCAACAGCUGUGGCUCCACCGUCAAGCUCGGCAAGGAGUACGUGACAUACGAAAACGAGAUUUUCUUCAGCAAGAAGCUGCGGGCUCUGAAAAAUCCAGCAGAUCCCAUUAAUAAUAUUGACAGGGUAACAGUACAGUGUACGUAUCCUCUCUCUGGACUGUUCCGCCUCUUCUCAGUAUACAAGUUUGAGUCGGACCUAGCCGGUGUCGGUCGCAUUCUGCAUUCUUUGCUAUCCACUGAAGGUCUGCGGAGUCCCACCAUGGAGCCCACUUCAGUGACUCAUUCUCCAGUGCACACUACCAGACGCACCCGAAGACCUGUGUCGAUGAGACCCGGGUACCAGCCUCCUGCAAAAUACAUCAAAGUGUCCAGCUUCCUGAAGAAUCUUCCUAAGAAAGGAGCUAAAGGACAACUGAAGACUAAAAUCAAUCCAUUUCCUUCGUAAUUGCAUGAUUUGUAUUUAAAUGUAAAGGUUUAUAAAUUGGUCUUUAAAAUA